ACGGAGCGGGGCAGCGCAUACACUAAACAGGUGGUCACCCACACACAGUGCCGUACAAUGCGCCUACAUCAAACGCCUACGGGAUAUUCUAGGCGACUCUAGCGCUUUUGUUUUUAACAGAAAUCAAACGGCGCGACUGUCCAGAUUCAUGCGCACGGAUACGGAACCGUCGGCGCGUCGGACUUGAGUUUGUCCGCCGGGAUUCGAGCGCGGGCGCCGGGGGAACUUCGGAAUGAAAGUGACGGUGUGCUUCGGUCGAACCCGGGUGGUGGUCCCGUGCGGGGACGGGAAUAUCAAAAUCCACUCGCUCAUUCAGCAGGCUGUGACGCGCUACAAGAAAGCCAUCGCCAAGGACUCCGGCUACUGGCUUCAGGUCCACCGUUUGGAGCACAGUGAUGGUGGGAUUCUGGAUCUGGACGACACACUGUGUGACGUAGUAGAUGACAAGGACCGGCUGAUCUGUGUGUACGAUGAGGAGUCCCAGGUUGCCGAUGGCAACAGCAGCUCCACGGGCACGCAGAGUCCUGCCCUGUCCACCUCUGACCUUGGCUCCGCCCUCUCCGCGUUCCAGCCCUACAGCGGACUCAGCGAGAUCGAGGUCACACCGUCUACACUGCGCACCAGUAUGCCACUGCACGUGCGGCGCAGCAGUGACCCUGCUCUGGUGAGUGUAGCGGUCGUCUCUCUGACAGAAGUUCCCCAGCGUCCAGACGCCCCAUCCAGGCGAAACCCAACUCGCUGGUCAGCUAGCACCGGACCCAAGGGUCGGGGUGGGGACACGUACCGCAGUCUUCCUCGUGACGCAGGCCAGUGGGCCAAUCAGGCGGAGUUUCAACGAGAGACCGCCCGCUCCUCACUGAGCGCUAACCAUCCUUUGGUGGACCGCUGGCUAGAAAGACAAGAGCAGGAGGAGGAAGAAGAAGAAGAAGAAGAGAGCAGCCGGAUCGAACCGGUUGGCCAAGCGGACACCUGUCUGGAGCGCUCCCCUGUCAUAUCGCUAGAUGACAUCAUCAGACUGGUGGAAGUGUCCAAUGACGGAGGACCUCUGGGGAUCCAUGUGGUGCCCUUCAGCGGCCGCGACCGCAGGACUCUUGGCCUGCUGGUGCGGAGACUGGAGGUUGGUGGGAAGGCGGAGCUUCAGAGCCUUUUUCAGGAGAAUGACUGCAUUGUGCGCAUCAACAACACAGACCUGCGCAACACACGCUUCCAGCAAGCUCAGAGCAUGUUCCGACAGGCAAUGCGCUCUCCACUCAUCCAGUUCCAUGUGGUUCCAAGUGACAUGAAGGCGGAGUACGAGCGCCUGAUGCACGCAGAACACAACCCGGAGAACCCAGACAGCCGGUUCUACAACGCGGAACUCUGUAGCCCUGAGCUCCAGCACACACACGCACAUGCACACUCACACCCCCAAGCCUCUGGGCCCGUGGGCAAGCCCCCCCUGGGCCUCGGCCAAUCAGCACACAGGAGUCUGAACUCCACGCCCACACCAGGCUUCAGCAAGAAAAUCGGGAGGAAGCUCAGCAUCCAGCUCCGCAAGGGUCCAGAGGGGUUGGGCUUCAGUAUUACAUCACGUGACGUGCCCCUGGGAAGCUCCGCCCCCAUCUAUGUGAAGAACAUCCUCCCCCGAGGAGCCGCCAUCCAAGAUGGCCGCCUGAGAGCAGGAGACCGACUACUGCAGGUGAGUGGCGUAGACCUGAGUGGGAGGAGCCAAGAGGAGGCGGUGUCUUUGCUGAGAGCCACGCCCAUGGGUGGGAUCAUAAAGCUUCUCGUCCUUCGUCAAGAGGAUGCCUUCACUGCAGAGGGGGCAGUGAAGGACAAUGAGCGUGUCUUGACCUCUGAGCGGGGUCGUGAGGUCAUGACCUUAGAGAUUCCUCUCAGUGACUCGGGCUCGGCAGGGCUAGGGGUCAGUGUCAAGGGCAACCGUUCCCGGGAGACGCACAACGACCUUGGCAUCUUCGUCAAAUCUAUUAUCAACGGAGGGGCUGCCUGCAAGGAUGGACGGCUGCACGUAAACGACCAGCUGAUCGCUGUGAACGGAGAGUCGUUGCUAGGGACGACCAACCAGGACGCCAUGGAGACGCUGCGCAGGUCCAUGUCCACCGAGGGCAACAAGAGAGGAAUGAUCCAGCUGAUGAUCGCCCGGCGGGACAAGCAGCCGGAGGCCAUGGGCAGUCCCAGAGGGGCAGGCCGUGUGCUAAGCCCCUCCCCUGAGGAGCGUGAGCGCCGCAUCUCCCACUCCAUGUACGGUGGCCUGGAGGGACAUCAGGAGCCUGGACGCCCUCCCACCAACAUGAUGGGAAACCACCAGGGUCCCUACCAGCUGUCCCCUACGGUGAACAUGCCUCAGGACGACACAGUGAUGAUUGAGGACGACAGGCCAACACUCUUCCCUGUCCACCUCUCUGACCACUCCUCCACCAGUUCCCACGACGACAUGGGCUUCGCCACGGAAACGCUUCCUCCCUGGACCACUGAUUUGGGCUCGCUUGACGAGAGUCCUGUGGCUGCAGACGUGUGUGAGGCGGGGGCUGAUGGGGUGUUUGAGAGGGAGGGCUUCGGCAGGCAGAGCGUGUCUGAGAAGCGCACCAAGCAGCAUGGAGACGCCAGCAAGCUGGAGAUCCUCAAAGCACGCAAGUCCAAAAGCAUGGACCUGGUAGCCGACGAGGCUAACCUCUCCUCCCAACCUGAACAAGAAGCAGGUUGGUCGCCUCCAGAGGUUGGCCCCGCCCUCGGCCUGCAGAAGUCCAGCUCAUUGGAGAGCCUCCAGACGGCGGUCGCCACGGUGACGCUGAAUGGGGACCACCCUUUCCAUCGCCCGAGGCCUCGCAUUAUCAGGGGGCGUGGCUGCAACGAGAGUUUCCGCGCCGCUAUCGACAAAUCCUACGACAACAGCGGACCGCUUACCAACGAGGAGGAGGACGAGGGCAUGGAGACUUUGGAUGAAGACACAGAGGAGAGCUCGCGAUCAGGUCGUGACUCGGUCUCCACAGUGGCUGACCACACGCCCCUGUCAAUUGUAGAGGGAAUGCUUACCAAUGGCAGCCAGUCCAAGAGUGAGAAAAAGAGGGAGAAAGGGGGGAAGGAGAAGAAGAAGCCAGAGAAAGAGAAGGAACGAGAGAAAGAGAAGAGCAAAGCCAAGAAAGGUUCAGUGCUCAAGGGCCUCGGAGACAUGUUCAGGUUUGGAAAGCAUCGUAAAGAUGAGCCAUCUGAGAGGCGUGGCUUCACUAAGUGGCGCCCAGAUGAGACUCAAGCAUCAGAUGAAGAGAUGCAGCGCAUGAGACUGGAACAGGAGAGGAUUCAGGCUAAGACGCGUGAACUGAGGGAGAAGCAGGCCCGGGAGCGUGACUGCAUGGACACACUGGACUCUAUCCACCCUCAUAUACACACGCUGACACGCACAAACACGCCACGCUCAAACACACACACCCCGCUGCCGGCCAACGAGCGGCCUUACACACCCCUCACACCCCAGGGCACGCCGCUGGACAGCAGACAUGCUCACACACACGCACACACACACCCGGGCAGCCCAGGAGAGGGGUCAAGGGCCAACUGGACGCACCGCCUCAACUGACAGGGUGCCUGGUAACCACAGUAACCAUGAGCGGAUUCAGCUCUUGCGCCAGGAGUUCCAUUCUACUCGUCACGGGGACGAGCUAAAUGAGCA